AUGAUGGAGCUGCUCUUUUCCUACAAGAGUGCAGAAGACAAGAGAAAAUGUGAGAAUUCUGAAUUCUCUGGCUUAGAAAGGAUCUUAGAAAGACAUCAAUUUCCCAGAGAGAUUAAUCUGACCCCCAAACCAAGCAGUAUGCCCCUGUGGAGAAGAAAAGUCAACAACAAUGCAAAUCAGGGGUGGAAGAAAUGCCAUUUGUGGAGUAAAAACACAAAGGAGCCUCCAAUGUCAACCAUAGUUGUCAGUAAUACUGCUCCUCUGCUUGCUCCCCUGCCAGAUGGCUGAAAAAGAACAUGCGACCCACUGAAGAUCUUGACUCGGUCAUCCAGAGACUGUUGGUGUUUGGGCCGAUCAAGUCAGUGAGCCUGUGUGGACGGC